CUGCUACAAAUAAAACCAUGUCUGCAGGAGGUGGUACCAGUGGUGCCUUUGGGGCAGGAAUGGCCGGUGCUCCUUUUGAUCCCGUGCAGUUUAUAAAGAAACCACAAGUUAUACUUAGGCUUGGAAGCACGCUGUCUUCAAUCAUUGUGUUUGGCUGUAUAUUAGCUGAGGGGUGGUAUGCAGGCCACUGUCAAAUGAAUGAUGACCCUAAUGCAUGUGGUUAUGGAACAGGAAUUGGAAUCAUUGCUUUUCUGCUCUGUUUAGGAUUUUUAGUUCUUGAUGCUGUAUUUGAAAACAUCAGCAGUGUGCAGUAUCGAAAAUAUGUUGUCCUCGCUGAUAUGGCUAUCUCUGGUAAGUAAACUUAAUAACCAGGAAGGUAAUUAUCAGAUAUAAUUAUAUGUAGGUCAGAUAGUAGAAUUUUUAGUCAAUAGUGCAAAUUGAAUGGCAGUUUUUUUUUAAUAGGUUAUCUUUUAAGAUAAAUGUAUCUCAUUGCACUCACACAGUAUUACUUGUAAGGUGUAUCAAUACAUUUUAUGCUUGUACAAACAUGUUAUCAGAAAAAGUUUUAUUUUAAUAC